UUGUGAAAGGAACCGGAAGUGAGUGAUCAGCUGACCUCUCCUGUCUGUUUGCUAACAGAAGCGGCGCAGAAAUAUCGCUCGGUUUGCUUUAGAUUGUCCGUUUUUGUUAAAAUCUCCCAUUUUGUCGGAGAUGUCCCAGUAGGACGUCAGAUUCCGAUACGCCAGCAUCAUGUCGGGGAACAACCUGGUCUUGCCCAUCGUGCUGUGGGGGCGCACGGCUCCCACCCACUGCAUCAGCAGCCUGCUGGUGAUGGACGACUUCAGCACCAUCAUCACGGGCUGCCAUGACGGACAGAUCUGUCUGUGGGACAUGACGCCGGAGCUCCAGAUCUGUCCCAGAGCGAUGCUGUUCGGUCACACCUCCUCCAUCACCUGUCUGUCUAAAGCCAGUAACAGCAGCGACAAGCAGUACAUGGUCAGCGCUUCAGAGAGCGGGGAGAUGUGUCUGUGGGAUGUGAACGACGGACGCUGCAUCGAGUUCACCAAGCUGGCCUGCGCUCACACUGGCAUUCAGUUCUACCAGUUCACCAUCGGCACUCAGAAGGAGGGGCGCCUGCUCUGUAACGGCCACUACCCAGAGAUCCUGGUGGUGGACGCCACCAGCCUGGAGGUGCUGUACUCCCUGGUGUCAAAGAUCUCCCCCGACUGGAUCAGCUCCAUGAUCAGCAUCCGAUCCCAUCAGACACAAGAGGACACGGUGGUGGCGGUAUCAGUGACGGGGAUCCUGAAGGUGUGGAUGAUAACUGCAGAGGUCAGCAAGAUGCAGGAUCUGGAUCCCGUCUUUGAAGAAGAGUCCAAACCCAUCUACUGCCAGGGCUGCCAGAGCAUCUCCUUCUGCAGUUUCACCCAGAGCAGCCUGCUGGUGGUCUGCUCCAAGUACUGGAGGGUGUUCGACGCCGGAGACUACUCCCUUCUCUGCUCCGUGCCCAGUGACAGCGACCAGUCGUGGAGCGGAGGAGAGUUCAUCGCGGCCGAUAAAGUCAUCGUGUGGACCGAAGACGGCCGCAGCUACGUCUACAAGCUGCCCGCCAGCUGUCAGUCUGCCAGCGAACAUUUCCGCAGCGACAUCGGGAAAACCAAAGAAGGCUCCGUCCCGCCGCUGAUCUACACCGUCGCCGAGUGCUCCGACAAACAGCUCCUGAUCUGUCCUCCUGUGACUCUGUUCUUCUUCGGCCGGAGGGAACCUUUCCACAAGCUGCUGAUCCAGGGAGACUCAGCGGGCCGCCUGUCGCUGUGGAGCAUCCCAGACUCCUCCCCUCCUCAAACCACCGCCACUUCAGCAGAGCUGCAGGUGUCGUCUACCAUCAGCCUGCAGGAGGCGUUUGAUAAGCUGACCCCCGUCUCCUCCGGGAUCAUCGACCAGCUGAGCGUGCUUCCAAACAAAGAACAACCCAUCAAGGUUACGGCCAGCGUUUACAUCCCGUCUCAGGGCCGGCUGGUGUGCGGCAGAGAGGACGGCAGCAUCGUCCUCGUUCCCGCCACGCAGACGGCCAUCGUGCAGCUCCUGCAGGGGGAGCACAUGCUCCGGAGAGGCUGGCCCCCCCACCGGACCCUGCGGGGCCACCGCAACAAGGUGACCUGCGUCCUGUAUCCGUACCAGGUGUCCCCCCGUUACGACCAGCGCUCCCUGGUGUCGGGGGGAGUGGACUUCUCUGUGAUCGUUUGGGACAUUUUCACCGGAGAGAUGAAACACAUCUUCUGCGUUCAUGGAGGGGAGAUCACCCAGCUGAUCGUUCCCCCAGAAAACUGCAGUACCCGUGUGCAGCACUGCGUUUGCUCUGUGGCCAGCGACCACUCUGUGGGACUGCUCAGCCUACGGGAGAGGAAGUGCAUCAUGCUGGCGUCCCGACACCUGUUCCCCAUCCAGGUCAUCAAGUGGCGCCCUGCUGACGACUACCUGGUGGUGGGAUGCUCUGACGGCUCCGUCUACGUCUGGCAGAUGGACACAGGAGCUCUGGAUCGCUGUGUGAUGGGAAUCACGGCUGUGGAGAUCCUGAACGCCUGCGACGAGCUUGCCCCGGCAACAGUGGACGCUCUGAGUCACUCCGCCGUUAACCUAAAGCAGGCCAUGACCCGCCGCAGCCUGGCGGCGCUCAAAAACAUGGCCCAGCACAAGCUGCAGACCCUGGCCACCAACCUGCUGGCUGCAGACAACGCUGACAAGGGUAAUUUACCCAAAUAUUCCCACAAUGCACUGGUGGUCCAGGCCAUGAAGACCAACCUGACCGACCCCGACAUGCACGUUCUCUUCUUUGACGUGGAGGCGCUGAUCAUCCAGCUUCUGACAGAGGAGGCCCAAAGGCCCAACCCCACGCUGGUGUCUCCUGAGACCCUACAGAAGAGUCAGGCGGGGGCCGACAAGGGGGGGUCCUUCCUGGCCAAUAAGAUCUUCAAACAGGUGAAGGAGACCAUGAAGGAGACCAUCAAAGAACAUCUGCUGGACGAAGACGAGGAGGAGGAGGAGGAGAUGAGGAGGCGCGAGGAGAAGUCCAAGUCUCUGAGUCUGCUGGAGUACAACCUGACCAUGGACACGGCCAAGCUCUUCAUGUCCUGUCUGCACGCCUGGGGCCUCAACGAGCAGCUGGACGGUAUCUGCCUGGAGCGGCUGGGCAUGCUCCGACCGCACUGCCCCAUCUCCUUCGGCCUGAUCUCCAGGGGGGGACACAUGUCCCUCAUGCUGCCCACCUUCAAGGAAUCCCUGCUGCGCCAGCUGUCCGUGGCCACAGGUCUGAAGCUCGCCCUGUCCGACAUCGUGGGGAAGGGGACGUACGGCGUGUCCAGGGCCGUCACCACGCAGCACCUGCUGUCCGCCAUCUCCCUGGCCAACACGCUGAUGGGCAUGACCAACGCCACCUUCGUAGGAGAGCACAUGAAGAAGGCGCCGGCCAGGCCCCCCAGACCAGGAGGAACCCCAGAGUCUCCUCGGAGGACGUCUGCCGCCCCCCCUCAGCCCUCCAACCCGGCGCUGCAGGCACAGAUCAAACAAGCUGCCAGCUCCAGUACUUCCACCACUGCUGGGGGUGUGGGGGCCCCAUGGGGCCAGCCUCAGGGGGCCCCUGGCUCCCCCAGCCCCGGCCCUGCUUCUCAUAACAUCCCCUCAGUCAACGAAGGCUGGAGCCAGCUGGCCGCCAUGCACUGCGUGAUGCUGCCGGAUCUCCUCGGCCUGGACAAGUACAGGCCUCCUCUGCUGGAGAUGUUGGCCAGAAGAUGGCAGGACCGAUGUCUGGAGGUUCGUGAAGCAGCACAAGCUCUUCUUCUGGCCGAGCUGCGGAGGAUCGGCCAAUCAGGACGUAAGGACACCAUCGAUGCCUGGGCUCCUUACCUGCCGCAGUAUGUGGACACGGUCAGCUCCCCUGGAGCAGCCACUGAGGCCGCCCCUCAGGCCCCGCCCCCUCCAGAGGCUCAGCCCGUGGAAACCAAGGCUACCGAGGAGGAGAUGGACGUCACUGAUGACGACAUCACCGCAGGCUGUCUGUCCAACCUUCCCCCGAAUGCCAAGAAGAUCUCCAACUCCUAUGAGGAGCGUCGGAAGCAGGCCACCGCCAUCGUCCUGCUGGGAGUCAUUGGAGCCGAAUUCGGCGCUGAAAUCGAACCGCCUAAAGGCUCAGGCCGAGCCCGAGCUGGAGGACAGGCGCCCGAAGGCUUUGGACCCACCAGUGGAGGCUCCUCUAACUACUCGCUGGCGAGACACACAUGUAAGGCGCUGACCUUCCUGCUGCUGCAGCCCUCCAGCCCCAAGCUUCCCGCCCACAGCACCAUCCGCCGCACCGCCAUCGAUCUGAUCGGCCGAGGCUUCACCGUCUGGGAGCCGUACAUGGACGUGUCGGCGGUGCUCAUGGGACUGCUGGAGCUGUGCGCGGACGCAGAGAAGCAGCUGGCCAACAUCUCCAUGGGUCUGCCCCUGAACCCUCCUGCAGAUUCGGCCCGCUCCGCCCGCCACGCCCUCUCUCUCAUCGCCACCGCCCGCCCACCAGCCUUCAUCACCACCAUCGCUCGAGAGGUCCAUCGUCACAACGCCGCUCAGGCCAACUCCCAGUCCCAGCAAAACGUCCACACCACCACCUUGGCCCGGGCGAAGGCAGAGAUACUGCGAGUCAUCGACAUCCUGAUCGAGAAGAUGCCGGGAGACGUCGUGGACCUGCUGGUGGAGGUGAUGGACAUCAUCAUGUACUGCAUUGAAGGCUCCUUGGUGAAGAAGAAAGGCCUGCAGGAGUGUUUCCCUGCUAUCUGCAGGUUCUACAUGGUGGGAUACUGCGAUCGGAGCUACCGGAUCGCCGUCGGAGCGCGGCAGGGAUCCGUGGCUCUCUACGACGUUCGCACUGGGAAAUGUCAGAACAUCCACGGCCACAAAGGUCCGAUCACGGCCGUGUCGUUCGCCCCUGACGGCCGGUACUUGGCGACCUACUCCAACGCCGACAGCCACAUCUGCUUCUGGCAGAUGAACACCGGUCUGCUGGGCAGCAUCGGGAUGCUGAACUCGGCGCCGCAGCUCCGCUGUAUCAAGACCUACCAGGUUCCUCCGGUGCAACCCGCUUCCCCGGGAUCCCAGAACCAGCUGAAGCUCGCGCGCCUCAUCUGGACCUCCAACCGUAACGUCAUCCUGAUGGCCCACGACGGCAAGGAGCACCGCUUCAUGGUGUAGCCCCGAUGGCGCCGUCGGACGGACCUGGACCCGCCUGGCGGUUUGGGAUCAAAGGCAGAUGCAUGCGGUGGUUCUGAUGGUUUUCACCACCUGAAUGAAAAGGUUUAGAAGAGAAAGGUCCAAACUGGACUCGGGUCCAGGUUUGGUUCCUGCUUUAUCUGCUACAGCAUCAUGGCGAAGAAGUUCUGUUCAUUUUCUGAUUGGUGUUGAUGUUGGUUUUUUUGGGUCUUAUGGUUCCUAUUUAUCUGCUGUUGCUGCUGGUUCUGCAGAAUUUUUACCUUGUUUCUAUUCUUGAUCGAAAGAACUCCAGGGCGGUCCGUUGGUUCUGUUCGUCGUUAAACCCGGGCGGUCCGACGGUUCGGUUCGUCGUUAAACCCGGGCGGUCCAACGGUUCUGUUCGUGAACAACGAACCUUCUCAGACGCCAUCCUCACUUCUCCGCUGUGUUUUUGCAGCCAGACAUUUUUUUUUUCAAAGUUUAACACAUUUUCACCUCAAACUGGCUCCAGCUCGGACCGGUUCCAGCUCA